GGUUUGCCUCUUUGUUUGUUCAUUUAUAGGAACCAUUCGAAUGGACAUUGCAUGCCUCGGGCAUCCCAGGCAGAACCGUUUUCCACUGGCCUAGCUGCGAUGACCAUUGGUUCGAUAGGGUUCGGGCGCUAUUGUCAAAUGACCGUUGCCGUUGCAUUAUUUGAUCCUACGGAAUGGUUGUUUACAUCUAAUUAAUUAGGUCAGACCUCUUACAAGUCCGACGGCACUAUAGCAUCAAUGACAUCAUCAUUUAAUUUCUGACAUGUAAAGCUAUGUCCAUGACGUCCACAAAGCGCAAUGUGUGCAAAGAUUCCAUUCCAGUCAAUGAUGCUUCUAUCACGGGGUCAAUGUCCGUUACAUUACAAUACAUAAUGUGGUGUAGACGCUUUGGGUAGGCAACAUAGCAUCAUCUAUUAUAAAGCGCAAACCAGGGGAAUGCCACCAUAAAACAGCCAGUCAAAAUAAAUGUGUAGGCUAAGCCUAUGGAGGUGUGAGUGAGUGACUGACUGGGUUUCUGCCCACCUCGAUGCUGUGGAAUAGCCCACUGAGCUAAAGCCUAGGCUAUUAGCUCAGGGAACUAAGUCUUUAGGUCUCACUGGUGUGUUGUGGAAAGAAAAGCGUUCAGUUGUCAUUGAGUCACAGGGUAAACACAUUGAAGAUAAUACUACCUGCUCUCUCGCCUAACAGACAGGAUACGACUGUCUGUGUAUUAUUAUUCUAGUGAGGCAGUCAAUCUGUCAACCCCACAGCCUUCAUGCCGUGAGGGUUUCCUGUUGGUGGUGCACACUGGUUUGAAUGAUCCUAUAGGGAAAAACAAACAGACAACAUCUUGAGCCUUGUCGACAACAAUCUGGCGUCUGUGUCUCUCUCUUUUCAUAUUUCUCUCUCUUUCAUCCGAUCUCGCUCUCUCUUUCGAUGUCUCUCCAUAUUUCUCAUGUUUAGUGUAGAUUCUGUCUCCUAGUGUAAACAUCUGCCUUCCAGAGAAAUCGCAGGCUUUGAUAACACACAGACAUAUUUCCUUUCUCACGCACACUGAAAGGUGUGUGUGUGUGUGUGUGUGUGUGUGCGUGUGCGCGCACGUGCGUACAUGGUGUCUGUCAGUGGUGGAGAUAAAGAAGCAUGUUGCCCAUUGAUUUCCAUGGCAGCAGUGGAACAGCCUUGCCCUGAAAACAACCAUGCCCUGACACUGAUCCAAUUGGAAAGCUGAACCACCCAGGUUCCACUUCAUUAUCCUGACCUGUUCCAACCCCUUCUCAGAACAGGCCAGGCAGCAUCAGUCAAUGUAGACCUACAUAGGAACAAGACACUGUGGCUGAGUGACCAUCUACUUAGCUCUGUCUACCUGUCCUCAUCGUGACCCUUUUAUUGGCAUCCUAACUGUCAUGUGUUGUCAUAACGACCAAUGGAAGCAUUGUUGUUUUAACAGCAAAAACAUGUCAUUGAAUUGAUUUAUCCCAUGAAUUCAUCACUGUGUUGAUUGAAUUGCAUGAUAGCUCCAUUGAUGAGGGAGUUCAUGAAGACAAUUGAUUGACUCUUGACUCGUUGCCGUGUUGUUAUUUGACAGUGCUAGUUUAGAGGUCAGGGGUCAUGAACGGGGUCAUAUGAGCAUGCAGCCUGAAUUAAGGAACUGAAAAGCAAAAGUCCUUCCUCAACAUGCACACACACACACAAACACAGGAAUGUCGUAUUGCUUAUCAGACAUGUGUUUUGUUGUACAUUCUGAAAUCCUUUGUUUACUUAUGUGAGUGACCUUUUUUUUUUAUUGUACACAGAUUAUGUAGAUUAUGGAAUUCAUUUUAAUAAUGCAGAUGAGCGUAACUAUGAUGCUUUAAUCCCCUUCAAUUAUGAUGAUGGUUAAAUAGUUAUGUGUCUAAUCCCAUGUCCUGAUGAGGUGAGAUUUUUUUAUAUUACGUUGCGUUUAAAUGAAAUAACUUAAUUCAGAGAGGGGGAGAGAUCUUGAUUGCCUGCUAUGUGUGGUUGAAUGAUGGCUAAUUGUCAGGCUGCCAGUAGUUUAAGUGCAUGACUUCCUCUCAUUCCCUUCCCAUCAUCGCCUCCGAAUUCGAGGAACAAAUCAUUAAUUUCGACCAUUGCGAAGAAACAAAAAAAGAGAAAGGGAAAGGAAACACAUCUGAGAGUAUAGAGGGACGAGGAGGUGGUGAGAAGAGAUGAGGUGAAUCGUUAUGCAGCAAGAUACACUUCCUGAAUGAGCAAGAGCGGGAUGUUUUGGGAUAUUAUCGAACUCCUUCCUCGGGGUGUACAGGGAGAGAGUGUGUAGGGGUUUCAGUGAGGAGGGGGAGUGUUGUGAACACUGAGGGGGGCUUAUACUGCAGGAGCAUCUUAAAGACGGUGUGGAGACCGAGUCUUUGUUGGUCCCAGUUAUGUAACAAUGACAACGCUAAGUAAAGACUAAUAACAGUGUUCACACUCAGAAGGAGCGAGGGACAUGGGGGAAGAAGAGCAGAGAGAACGUGGAGACGUGGUAGAGGAGAGAGAUGGGGGAGGGGAUGCACAUGUAUGGAGGAGUGAUGGCAGAAGACGCAAUAUAAAAGUCGUGGGAUACAGAGAGAGUUGGAGAGAGUGAGUACGGGAGGUGAAUUGAGGAGAGGUGAAGCGUGUAUGCACGAGGGGUGUGAAUGAGAUGGAUUGUAAAUGGCAUUAAUCCAGUCCUCUGCUGUCCUUCCCCCUGGCUACAGAUACAGAUAGCAGGUCCCAAUCUCAUUAUCUGUCUACGUGCAGAACACACACACACACACACACCAAGAUUAACACCAGAUCAGACUGACACAGACUGGGACUAACUGAAUCGUCAGUAUGAAGAGCAUGAACCGUAACACGCUGAAUUUACUUUUACAACUGCUUAAGUUCUAGCCUUUGUUUCUGGAUCUCAAUCAUUUGUCCUAGUGAAUAAAUUAAUUAAUAAAUACAGGUGAAUCGAUUUCAAUUAGAUUAGAAGAGUCAGUAGAGAGAGACUUUGUAUGUGUAAUAAACCACUGCAAGUCAGCUCUACGUCCACACACAGAAGGAAUUCGACUCCCUUAGAUUCCCACUAGACUGCCUGGGACUCUUUGAGAGAUGCGUAAAGUGGUCUGUUCAGUUCAUUAACGACUCCAAAGGAACUCCAUCCCAGAGAGUGUGUAGGAGCUGCAGCCUCUGCAGUCUGCUGGGGGAAACAAUUGGUAGCAUUCAUGGCCAUGUCUGCUGACACACAAAGCUCUCAUAGAUAAACCCAUCGCUCUCUCUAUCUGCCCCCGGAUCCACCCCACCACCCCCUUUUAUGGGCAGAAUGAAGAGAUUUCUAGUCCAUCCAGUCUAAUGGGCUAGCUGAUCCAUUGAUGAGCGCCAAUUGGGUUUACGUGACAGUUGCUGUCACUAGGCCAUUCUCUGCUAUACCAGGCAGGAUUUACUGAAGUAAGAUCAUUUUUAUUUGCCCAUUAUGUGCCACUGACUGUCUAACCAGGUGAUCCCCAGGCCAGACAACACAUCCUCCUCUACCCAGGUCCACAACACUCUGCCUGGGUCUCCAUGGAGAAGCUCUGCCUGGGUCUCCACGGAGAAGCUCUGCCUGGGUCUCCACGGAGAAGCUCUGCCUGGGUCUCCACGGAGAAGCUCUGCCUGGGUCUCCACGGAGAAGCUCUGCCUGGGUCUCCACGGAGAAGCUCUGCCUGAGUCUCCACGGAGAAGCUCUGCCUGGGUCUCCACGGAGAAGCUCUGCCUGGGCCUCCACGGAGAAGCUCUGCCUGGGCCUCCACGGAGAAGCUCUGCCUGGGCCCUUGUAUCAGAACCAGAGGGGGUAGAGGACAAAUAAUAGUCCAACAGCAUGUCUCCUCUCUCUGGUAGAAUUUGACAAAGCCCCCUCAAGGGUUUCUCAACACAGCAGCCUGGCUCUCAACGGGACCGUGUGGGGCAAACACGUGGGACUGUUGACAUACACACCGAUGAUCGGCCUGCCACCACAGCUGUCCUAGUUACCACGGUGACACAGCCUGUCAUGUUUCCACUGCGACCACAGCCAGUCAGACAUCAGUGAUGGAUAUUGAUCAACAUGCGAGGCAGCUUUAGAGGUUCAGGGUUGAAAUGAACAGCUACAUUGAUUGAUAACUGCCACUGUUAUCACGCUAAACCCUUGUGUCCAUUCCACAAGUUCUAGUUCUUCAUUGGAAAGUGGCUCUGAUAGGACUGUGUGAUCUAAGUCUGUGACCGGGUGAGCUCGUGUCUGUCACACACCUCACGGAAUUCUCACAGUAGUUCAUUGGCCUUCCUUCAGUUACGUGGGCAUCAUACUUUCUUCCUAGCCUGGCUGGUCCCUGAUCUGGUUGUGCUCUUGCCAACUCCUUUUGCUGUCAUUGUCAAGCCAAAUAUGUUUGGCAUAACAAUUCCAUAACGAGUUGGCAAGAGAGCAGAAACAGAUCUGGGACAAGCCAGGCUACAUUGAUUUCAAAUCGUUCUUCAUAACCUUGUGUUUCUGCACUAGGUAUUUAUUUGGGUUUUGGGGAGAGAACAAUAGAUAAGACUGGCGAACCCAAAGAUAUCUGCAACAACCGAUAGGGGAAAGAAGACUGGAGGAACUGAGGAAACGAGAGAGAGAGAAUGGAAUGGUGCAAUCUUGCUUGAUCAGACUACUGAUUAUGAAGUUGAUGGAGGAGCUCCAAAACAGUGAGAGAACAUCUGGGGAACUCUUUGAAGACAUUUAGUAGCAGCGACAGACCAGAAGCCCACAGCAGCAGUAACACAGUGAGAAAACAUCUGAUGAAGUCUAUGAAGACAUUUAGUAGCAGCAACAGACCAGAUCCCACAGCAGUAACACAGUGAGAAAACAUCUGAUGAAGUCUAUGAAGACAUUUAGUAGCAGCAACAGACCAGAAGCCCACAGCAGCAGUAACACAGUGGAUUCUUGUGGAUGGGAAAUGCUCCCUGAUCUUCCCUGCCCUCCUCCUCCCUCUCCUGAACACCCCAAUCCCUCCAUCUCUCGUUCUCACUUUCUCCAUCACUCCAUCACUCUCUGGUCGCCAUGACGUCCACGCUGCAAACGCUGGCGCUCAAGCUGGCCCCGCCCCCUCAGGACCUAAACCCUGAGCGGUUGGACGGCUGCGAGGAGACGGGCCGGCGCUACAAAGUGGUUCCCUCCGUCGUGUGCUCCAUGUGUUGCCUCUUCGGCAUCAUCUACUGCUUCUUCGGGUACCGUUGUUUCAAGGCGGUGAUGUUCCUGACGGGCCUGAUGUUCGGCUCCAUCGUCAUCUUCAUGUUGUGUUAUAAGGAGCGCGUCCUGGACACCCAGCUCAGUGUUGAGGCCUCUGUGGGCAUCGGCCUGGGCAUCGGCACCCUCUGUGGCCUGGUCACCAUGCUGGUUCGCUCCGUGGGUCUCUUCAUGGUGGGUCUCCUCCUGGGCCUCUUGGUGGCUGUGGCUACCCUGGUGGGCAUGGAGGAGCUGUCCAACAGCCCCCCGAGGUCGGUCUGGGUCCCCCUGGGGGUGCUGCUCGGCCUGGGCAUGCUGUUCGCCGUUCUCACCCUCCAAUGGCAGCGCUUCUUCACCACCGUGUCCACGGCCGUGUUCGGGGCGGCGGUGAUCACCGUGGCGUUGGACUACUUUGUGGAGCUGUUUGCCCUGGUGCUGUACCUGUAUGAGAGGGUGAAAGCGGCGCCCAGAGGGAGACCCGUCUGUUGGAUCACCUGGGUGGUGCUGGGGGUGUGGCCUGUUCUGACGCUCCUGGGGGUGCUAAUACAGUGGAAGGUGACAGCAGAGGGAUACUCCCACACCAAGGUGAUCAUCAGUCGUCAGCAGCGGCGGGUCCAGCUGAUGCGUAUCCGUCAGAAGGAGGAGCGGAGGGACCGCAGCAGGAAGAGGAAGAAUAAGCAACAGAGAGACUCCACCCACAGCUCUCACCCUCCCAAACCCCUGCACCCUGAGCCCGCCUAUCGCAGGAAACCCAACCCUAUACGACGCUUUGACGGGGACGUCCUAUCGCCUAGUUACAUCCAGAGUUUCCGGGACAGGCAGGUUGAGGCCAGGCCGUAUCCUGGAGGGGGCAGACUGAUGGGGGGAGGAGGGGCUCACACCAAUGUGGACUAUGACUGUGGCUCCACCACACCCCUCACUGCGGCUGCAGGCCCCUUACUACGAGUCUGAACACUCCCCUAACCACUGGUCCAACCACACCCCCAAUGAUCUGGCAGCCACAUCACACCCCCAAAAGGUGUGACCACACCCACAACCCACCUGUGCUGCAGUAUGGAUCUGACCACACCCCUAAAUGGUGCGACCACACUCCCAAAGGCCUGUAUUGCAGUAUAGGUCUGACUGACCACUCCCCCACCACAAUGCUGGAGCCAAUCAGAGUAUGUGAAUAGUAAAGGCCUGAACUCCUUUUUCUGUUUCACACACACACACACACACACACCAGCCACAUGCAUGAAAAUACUAUACACACAUCCACAAACACUGCAGUGGAACUGGACCUGGUGAACAGAGAGAGAAAUACAGGGCCUCCAACUAGAUGGAUAGAUGUUACCUGAGGCUUCUCUCUCUCCAUCCAGCCUCCAGCCAGUCUCCAUCGGGACACAGUUUAAAGAAGCAUGGCUCAGGUUUCAAACGAGGCAUCGUUUUACCACGGACACCGGAAUACAAUCCUCUCUCUUCAGGAUUUUGAAAGAUUCAACUUAAAGUCUUGUCUACUGCUCGGCAGUCUUAAUUCCUGAAAUCAUUCUCUGUCGUCAACAGGCAGUUCCUUUGUACUGCAUUUCUACGGUUCCAUCCUUCUAUGGAGUUGGGACCUUCUGAUGAGAACUGACUAGUCAUAAACACCCCUGCUCUGUGCCAUGCCAGCCCAACAACAGAUCACCUCCUGGGAAGGAGAAGAAUAUCUGUCUUUUAAGAGGAAGCAUUAUGCAUUCUUGGUGCUGGACGAUAUCCUUCUUUGGAAAGCAGUUUGAAAUCCCCCUUCUUUAAAUGAAGUUGGGAGAUCCAGUUGAUUUACGGGUGCCUUGUGACUGCCCUUACUUGGACUGUACCACUCAGCAGUGAGAUAGGGGUUAUUGGCAGUGGUCACUGACUGAGAGAUGUGAGAGACUAUAUGAUAACGUGCUAUAUUAUUAUAGUGACAGACAACAAAGUUGUUGCGAUAGGAAUGAGGGUAGGCCUAUGUCUAGCAGAGGAGCAACAGUGACCCAAUCAGGGAGCAAGCAAGGAAACAGUGGAUGGUGAUUGGUCUAAACUGCCCUGGGCUCUACCAAAAGGAACCCUUAAUGAAGUCAGCACAGGGUCAACAAGAGGUCAAUAAAGAGUUCAAAACAGAAAGGGGUCCGAAUAAACGAUCGACCAAUACAACGAGAGUAUUGACCACUCCUCCUCCACUCUACAGAGAGGACCAUUCAGGUCACAGAGGAUCGCCUACAUAUAGAUAGACCCCUACAUAAUGUGCAUUGGCUUUUCAAUAUGGGUCAUAACAUUCUGUCUAUCGUGUAUCAGCAAAUGACAUGACAUCUAUGGUUUAUUAUUGUCUUUGACUCGGACUGUGAAAGGGACUGUGAGUGUGAAACCCAUGAUAAAAUAAUACAGGCGUGAUGUUAUUAUUAUUAUGAUUAUUAUGAUUGCCCCAUUGGGCUGUGGGUCGGGACAGGGUAUGAGAAUCAAAGUUAUUUUCCCAGAAUCUUCCAGGGGAAAUCGACCUGGCUGCAUGACUCAGUGGUUCCUUCCUGUUCCUGUCCCCCUCUCUUAUCUGUCUCCCGUGGCUUUGUCCUCCUCACCUCACCAGACAGUGGUUCCUAUCCCCUCUAGCCCGGUCAGCCCACAUCUAACAACCACGUGCAUAGUUUGUUAAACACUUCUCACGAAUAGCUUCUUAAUAAUGCAUUAUAAGCACAUGUAUAAUGCAUAGAGAUUACAUUGAUAUUCAUGAGCACUUAUUAUGCGCUUAUUUUACAUUAUGAAGAGCAUAUUCAUAGGAAGUGUUAGUAAAUUAGCCUGAGUGCCAGUCUUGUUAAAGCCAUCGUUUCAACUCCUUGCCGUGACAAUGAGUUGGCAUGGUAGCACAAACAGAUCUGGGACCAGGCUAUUACAGACUUGUCCAUACAGCACAAACAGAUCUGGGACCAGUAUUACAGACUUGUCCAUACAGCACAAACAGAUCUGGGACCAGUAUUACAGACUUGUCCAUACAGCACAAACAGAUGUAAUUCCCCACUAGUGCUCAUUCUUCUGAUCUUCUGUUUUGUACAUAAACAACACUGUAUUUUUACCAUUUAUCUGUAUUUCUUGCUUUAUUUGAUUGUUUAUUUUAGGAUAUUUCAUUUUAAUAAAAUGAACCUUUUAUUUAACUAGGCAAGUCAGUUAAGAACAAAUUCUUAUUAACAAUGACGGCCUACCGUGGAACAGUUGGUUAAACACCUUGUUCAGGGGCAGAACAACAGAUUUUUACCUUGUCAGCUCGGGGAUUCGAUCCAGCAACCUUUCGGUUACUAGUCCAACGCUCUAACCACUAGGCUACCUGCCGCCCAAAUAACAUGUCCUUUCUGAAGUACUGUAUGUAGAUUUAUUUAUCAGGUAAUUUAUUGACAUUAUGUUAUUGACAUCUUUUGACUUCAAGAGUGCAGCCUCAUAAAUGUAGGCCGGUGAUAUUCCAUGCUUCUUAUUACAAAUAUAAUUAUUAAUACUAUUAUUAUUCUUAUUAUUAUUAAAGCAUGUGUUUUUAUGGGCCUGUAUAUGAUAAACAAAGUGAUUCUUCAA